CAGCGACGGGGACGGGGUCAGUGCCAAGAUGUCGACGGCGGCGGUUCCAGAGCUGAAGCAGAUCAGCCGGGUGGAGGCGAUGCGCCUGGGGCCGGGCUGGAGCCACUCGUGCCACGCCAUGCUGUACGCCGCCAACCCUGGGCAGCUCUUCGGCCGCAUCCCCAUGCGCUUCUCGGUGCUGGUGAGGACGGGAGCGGGCGUGGCUUCCAGGCCCCUCCUGCCGGGGGUGCCAUUGCGUGGCAGGCCUGGCCCCAACCCCUACCUCCUGUCUGCACAGGUGCUGGGCCUCGUGCGGGUCCCGCUGUACACCCAGAAGGACCGAGUCGGAGGCUUCCCCAACUUCCUGAGCAACGCCUUUGUGAGCACGGCUAAGUGCCAGCUCCUCUUUGCCCUCAAGGUGCUCAACAUGAUGCCUGAGGAGAAGCUGGCUGAGGCCCUGGCUGCGGCCACCGAGAAGCAGAAGAAGGCCCUGGAGAAGUUGCUCCCAGCCUCGUCCUGAGGGCUGCCUGGGCUGCUGGCACCCUCCCCUGGGCCGGAAGACUGGGAAUUCCUGCCAAGUGUGGCUUCCAGAGUGUGUGUGUGUACCCCACUUCUGACUGCCUAGGGCAAAGGGGUAUCCUGUCAUCUCCACUGUCCCAAGCAGUCACUAGGUGGUGGCCAGGCCAGCUGGGACCCAGCCCAUCCUCUCAGGCAGAGCAGGGUGGUCUGGGCACGCUGGGCCUGCCUCUCUAGCCUCAGGAUGCUCUUGUUCAUCCCAGGCUCAGACCCUCCUCUGUGUGUGUGUCUCAUCCCGGCUGGUGGAGGCCCACAGGGACUGCGCACAGCUCCAGGGCCACUCGGAAGACGGGAUGUGUGGGUGGAGGAUGCCUCGUCUAGGUCAGCAUUCCUGCCUCCUUCCUGAGCCAGCUCAGAGCCUGGGGGAGAGCCAACUUGGGGUAGGAAGUUAAUACUGUUAAUUUGGGUUGUUGUUGGAUUUACUUUGCUAGAUUUUCUCUUUCACCACGUGUGAACUGUGGGUGAGGUUUCAAAGUAGCUUCACCCCACGUGGCUUGGUUCCCAGGGACAGUCAGGGCCUCGGGGGCCCAGCUAUGUACGACGAAGCUGUCGAAGGAGAAGACAAUAAAGUCACUCCUCAGCUGCUCUGUGUG